CAGGCUCAGUGCGUGACUUGGCGGAAAUACGGUCGGGGAAAAUCUCAACCGAGCCUAAUCGAAAUUAAAGCGCGAAUCAGAGGGGGAGAAAUGGACUGCGUGAACGCGAAAUAUGUGUCACAGAAGAUCAGUAAAACGCGAUGGAGGCCUGUUGCAGCAGAUUCGUUACAGCAACCGGAAGUGUUCGCGACGGGCUCGUGGGACAAUGAGGAUAAUAAGCUGUGUGUGUGGAGUGUCGGAGAGAACGGAAGUGACGACAUGGAGGACGAACUGGACGGAGACCCGCAGCUGCUGUGCGACUACGAACACGGCGGGGAUGUGUUGGACCUCCAGUUCCUGGAUCAAGAUAGACUCGUUACAGCGUCAUCAACCGGAGCAGUGACCGUCUACAAACUCCAUCCUGACAGCCAGACUCUAUCUGUGGUUCUCGUCUGGGAUCGAGCACAUCACUAUCAGAGCGCGAAUGCUCCGUGCACCGGAGUGGCGUGUAACAGUCCGGAGCUGGUUUCUGUGGGCGAGGAUGGGAGAAUCGUCCUCUACAAAGCUGAUCAGAAGGGCAUCGUGCGUGUCAUCGAAAACGCAGACAGCAGCACGAUCCAUGGUGUGACGUUUCUGCGUACGACCGAGGUACUGACGGUGAACUCCAUUGGACAGCUGAAAGUUUGGGACAUCAGGCAGCAGGGCAGCGAACCUGCUCAGAUCCUCGCGCUCACCGGGGACAGGGUUCCCUUGCACUGUGUGGACCGACACCCAAACCAGCAGCAUAUCGUGGCCACCGGAGGCCAGGACGGCAUGCUGUGUAUUUGGGACGUGAGGCAAGGCAGCAUGCCCUUCUCUCUCAUGGAGGCUCAUUCUGCUGAAAUGUGGGAGGUGCAUUUUCACCCGACAAACCCAGACCACUUGUUUACCUGCUCGGAAGACGGCUCUUUGCUGCACUGGGAGACAUCCUCGGGGUCCGAUGCCCCCUUGUUCCUGCAGGGAACAGCACGCAACAGUAGCAUGAUGUCACGCAGCGCCACAGCUCCUGCAGGCGGAAACCAGUCCCUCAUCAACGCCUGGCUCAGUGGAGACUCCAGCAAAGGCAAGCUGGAGACUACGCACAUGCUCCCCAGCCAGACGCUCUCCGUCAACAGUCUGGACGUGCUUGGACAGUGUUUAGUGUGCGGGACUGACGGCGAGGCGGUUUAUGUCCACAGACGGGUUCCUGUGUGAUGUGAUGUGAUGUUUGUUCUGAUUUGUGUAAUGCACUUGAAUUUAAAAUAAAUAAAUAAUAAUAAAAAAAAAUCA